AUGGCUCAGCGGCGCGAGGGGCACGGGAAAAGCAUCGAGAGAGUGAUCCUGCAACUGGAGACACUGCAGGCAGACCGAGACCCCGGAGUCUCCCCAGCCUGCAACGUAAAGGUCCUAGAUGAAGCCCGACCUAAGAGGACAGCUCUUCUCUGCCUGCAGCCGCACAUUGAUAGGCAGCAGUUUGAGGAGACUGUCCGAACACUGAAUAACCUCUAUGCAGAAGCUGAAAAACUUGGGGGCCAAUCUUACCUUGAAGGGUGUCUCGCCUGUCUGACUGCCUAUACCAUAUUCUUGUGCAUGGAAACGCAUUAUGAAAAGGUUCUAAAGAAAAUUGCCAAGUUCAUUCAGGAACAGAACGAGAAGAUUUACGCUCCUCAGGGCCUCCUUCUGACAGACCCCAUUGAAAGAGGACUAAGAGUUAUUGAAAUUACCAUUUAUGAAGACAGAGGUAUGACCAGCGGAAGAUAAAACUGUGGAGUUUCAGCAUAUAGCUCAACAGUGGACUCGCUGUAUCAAAGUUCCCCUACCUCCUACUUUAGAGCAUCAUUCCUUUCUCUGCUGCCAGAUCCACAGUGCCAUCUACUACAAGGACUAACUUCCUAAAACUGCUCCACAUGGGGUGACCUAGCUGGUCAGCAUCCAUUUUGUGGCAAACUUUUUAGUUUGGUGGGUUGUUGUUUGUUUUUUUUUUUUUACAAGAAAAAGCAGAAGUGGUAAAGCUACAUACUCUUCUGAAAAAAAUGGGGCACCUAGCCCAACAGAAGUCUAGUUUUAGUCACUUAAGUGCAGUGCUGUUCCUCCCUAGUUCUUAAACCCUUCUGUACAUCAAUCGGGCUUUGGAAAGCU